GCCGACGUUGAGGUGACUCAUGUGUACACUGGACAGAAGCAGCAUGCAUUCUGCUCGACGCCGGCCGAUCGUUCUGACGAGGCGGCACUUCAGCUCGACACUCAACGGGCCUACUCCGCGGAUCGUCGGGCCAGCAGGGGUCUGUACAAAGAGGGUCGAGUCUCGGUGGACGAGUUGGCCGCGAUCGUGGGACCCGUCACGGCCAGACGGUCGAGCCGAAGCCAGCCCCGAGGGCGUCAGCAGACCGGCGCCUGUGGACGCAAGACUGGCGACUGGAGCCGUCGAGAGGCCUGUUUAGGGGGGGCGGACGAGCAGCAGAGACGCAGUCCGAGUCUGGGUCCGAGACCCGCCGAGGGGCUUUGUUCGAGGGCGAGGUCGGCCAGUCUGUACGCCAAAGCGCUUGCGGAGGAGGCAAGCCUUGCCCUCGAGACAGAAGCGAGCCGGCAGCAGCAGCAGCAGCAUCAACAGCAACAGGCUCAGCGUCAAUAUCGACAGUCUCGAAGUUCCGGUUUGACGACAACAACGACCGUGCGCACCAAACGGACGCUUCGCAAGUUGACCGAUCCACGAAACGAGACCGGCCUCUUUUUUGCCGCAAACCGGUACGGCUUGACCGGCAGCUCCGAGGGCCUGGAGGUAGAGUACUUGGGGGAUGGACCAUUUCUCAGUCGCGAAGUUGUCUACGAGCCGAAUGCUUUGGUCGUGCAGGCCAGCAAGAGGCAACUGGCCGAGCUGUCCAUGGCUAUAGCCGAUCUACAGUUUCGUCUUGACACACAAAGUGUAUGUAUGCCAUCACCGUCUAGUCAAGUUUUGCCCGGUUUCGAUCUCAGCGGAGUGGUCUAUUUUGCGAUCAAAGAGAUGCUACAGCUCUACUGCAUCCACGUAAUGAUUACGGGAUUCACGAAUAUGUUGACGUCGAAAAACAAUGCUAAAUCGUUCAAUUCCUCAAAGCCUAUGGUGAGUAGUGAUCAGUCUCUUUGCCCACUUGUGGUCCACAUCAUUCCAACACCUGCUCAGUGCUUGCUCAGUCCCACUACUCUACGUUGUUAG